AUGGAGGCGGUGAACUUCAGGUCUGGGAAGUUGGAUUUCGACGGUGUUGACCCAGAACUGGGUCAGCAUCUCCUUGAACUUCACUGGAACCGGCAGCAUCAUUCGUUCUUAAUCACCUACAGACCGGCGUUCAUGCGCGACAUGGCGUGUAGUGGACCGUAUUUCUCCAAAAUUCUCCUUAAUGCCAUCUACUUUGGGGCUUCUAAGUUUAGUCCCCGCUUGGAAGUUCGUAAAGACCCAAAUGAUGUUAGAACUGCCGGCUGGAAGUUCAGACAGAGGGUUAAAGAACUACUUGGUAACGCAUUAGAUGGUAGCGAAAUCACUACAAUACAGGCGCUCUUGGUCAUGACCAAUUCACUCUUUGCGCUGGGCGACGAGAGAAGCGCCGCAUGGCUUUACGCUGGACUCGCCUUUCGGAUGAUCAUCGAUCUUGGACUCCAAGUUGAUGCCUUGCCCAGCCUGCAGAAGUUCUCUGACGAGGACCUGGAGAUCAGGCGAAGAGUGUUCUGGGGUGCUUUCGUGGUGGACAAGAUCCAAAGCUUGUACCAAGGUCGACCUGUAAGCCUACAAGAAACAGACACCCGAGUGCCGAUCUUAUUCCUCGACACCUACGAGGAGCUCGAACAAUGGGCUCCAUUCGCCUAUUCCGCGCAGUCCGAUAGUAGAUACUCUGGUUCGCCGGCGUACAGUGUUUCGACAUUUACAGCGCUCUGCCAGCUAUCAGUCAUCAUGAACGACAUUCUAAACCACAUCUACGCUGAACGGAGUUUUGAUCGAGAGCCCACCGAGCUCUCAAAAAUCCUCGAGAAUCUGCAUUCCAAGCUCGAAGUUUGGCACAACGCACUUCCUUCGCAUCUCCUUUUUGAUCCCACUAAGGCUCCGUCAUUAGCACCCCCGCCGCAUGUGCUAUCGCUAAUUGCGAUGUAUCAUGUUCUUCUGAUAUUGCUCCAUCGUCCAUUUGUAGCCGACGGCCAUCUCUACACCACCUCCCGCUCCAUUUCGGUUAACUCCUUCUUAACCUGUGCAACGGCAGCCUCCCAAAUCGUCCGCCUGCUCAGAGCCUACGACAAAGCAUUUUCAAUUCGUCGAGCUCCUUACCUCAUUUCCUAUGCGACAUACGUCAGUGCUACAAUUCACGCGCGGAUUGCUGCCAAACGGGGCCCGGGAUCUGAAGCGCGUAGAAGCCUGGAAACAUGCCUAGCUGUCUUUCGGGAAAACCAGGAGACCAACUGGGCUGUGAGAAGGGCUAAAGUCAUAGUUGAAACCCUCAUGAAGAGACUGGGCGUGGUCCUUCCAGAGGGGAGCAACAGAAUGCAGAUUAGUGAUGAAUCAAGGGAAGAGAAUGAGAUGGAUGAUGAUCCUUCGAGUGCCAGCCGCAGCGAAAUCAACGUCGAUACGGAAGCUGUAACACCACGCCAAGAGGGUGCAAUGGAUCAUAUUUCGCCAAAUCUGGACAUUGAUGCUGUCAUUCAGAGUUUCGCACGAGAGCAACAGGAAGACAACGCUUUUCCCGAGAGAGGUUACACGAGUGCAGCCUUUCCCUCGUCUGGCAUGGGUUACUCAAUGCCGCGUCCUCAUUUUGUUGAUCCAUCUACACAAGCGACGUACUAUCAGCAUCUCUCAGACUUUAACCCCGACAUAAAUAGUAACUGGCAAGAACCAGUAAAUCCGUCAGCUGUAUCUAUCGAUGAUCUCCUUUUUGGUUUCAGUGGGUCAGCGCUAGAUGGUUAUUCUAUUCCCGGAUGGCCUUGA